AUGUGCGCCGACAAUGACGAAGAGGAACUGUUCGCAGACACAACACCGCCAGAGGACCCUCCGACUCUCAGACUCUCGGUAUGCGAUGGAAGCUGGCUCCAGCAGAAGUUAGCAGCCGACCUCUUGUACAUUGUUGGAGAUUAUACAACGGCCUCUGAUUUGUACCUUCAAUCCAGUCUGUUGCAGUCUUUCAAGGAUGGUGCCAGCCAAGCGCAUCGACUGAAUCUCAUCAACUAUGCCAACACAGCUCGUGGGGAUCGUCAUAUCACCACCGCAAAAGGCAUGAUUCAGAGGCAGAUCGAUGCGCUAGAUGAACUUUCAAAUCAGCGGUUCUUCAAGCUCCUCAAAGCUGUCGGCGUGUCUCGCUUAUCUGGUGGCGACCCCGAGGCUCUCGGCCAAGAACUUCGAGAACUGAACGAGAUCAUGCUCGAGGUAGAGGAUUCACUCGUUGACGACAAUGACGAUCACAAGAUGCUAUCAAGGAGUCAUCAACUGAUUGACAUGAAUGCACUUGUGCUUUUGUGUCGAGCUGAGCAACAAUUGACAUCAGGAGAAGGUGGGCACGCCACGGAGUUCAACAAUGCGCCAGGGUUGCGAGACAAAUAUGUCAAGCAACAACUACGGUGGACAUUCCAAGGCAGCCAUUGCAAAUCGACCGCCAUGCACAAGUGCCUUGAAUGGUGCCACGUGCCACGGGCGCAGGUUCAGGUUCAGGCGUAUAGCUCCAUCGACGCUUUCAUGCCUCUCUGGUCCACAUAUGCCAAUGAGGUGUGCAAUUCUCGACAGGUCCAGCCCCCCUGGCAUGAUAUAUGCGAGGCCGAAAUGGGAAUAUCGCCCACCGCUCUGCUUUACACCCUGUGCCGCUAUGACAGCACCGGUCGGCUGCCUCCUCCGGGUAGUCUUGACAUACACCAGUUUAUUAAACGAUAUCUGGACCUUUUUGUCACUGAUGAUUCGCCGUCGGAAGGCAUGCCAUGGCGGCUGUGUGAUAUUCGGCAGAUGGUAAGCCAGACGCUCUAUGUACCUCUCCCCCGUUCCCAUGCUGCCGACGGAGAGUCCAUUUCUCUCUUCUCCAGCAGCCAGGAAAACCAGCACUCGAUGGAGGCGGGAGACGCCGAAGACAUGUCGCUAUCUGAGUACAGCUGCAUCGACGCUGGCGCAGGCGGAUAUGACUUCCACCUCGACCUAGCAGGGUUGUCAGAGAACACGGUUGAGCUCUGCUAG